AUAAAGAUGAUUUUAAUUAAAUCGCACAAAUCCCUUUGUACUGCGACCAAACCCUCUGCGGGCUGACUGACUCGGAGCCGUUCUGGCGUGUGGAGAGUUAACCAGGUUACUGGAUUCCUAGUUAACUUCUUUCACCAGGAAUGCGAUUCAUGUUUACCUAUAUAAGGAAACCUGUUCGGCUGACCUGAGUUUGGCGGAUUUUUGCGCUGCCUGGGAGGCGUGUGAGCACACAGCCUGGAGAGGGGGAGUGAUCCGAGCUGGACAGAGGAAGCUUCCUGAACGCCCCAGCCAUUCAGCUGAUCCGAGGCAGCCUGCUUGGACCUACAGGUUUGCUUUUUUCCAGAUCACACCGAGGAGCCAAAAGCCUGUCCUGGGAAAAAUGGGGAAGCCGAGAGCUGAUCAGCUUCCGUGGAAUUUGCUGAUGCCCCAGGAGAGCUUCGCCUGAAGAUGGAAACACUGGAGUCGGAGCUGACCUGCCCUAUCUGUCUGGAGCUCUUCGAGGACCCCCUCCUGCUGCCCUGCGCCCACAGCCUCUGCUUCAACUGCGCCCACCGGAUCCUGGUGUCCCACUGCGCCACCAACGAGUCCGUGGAGUCCAUCACCGCCUUCCAGUGCCCCACGUGCCGGCAUGUCAUCACGCUCAGCCAGCGAGGUCUAGACGGGCUGAAGCGGAACGUCACCCUGCAGAACAUCAUCGACAGGUUCCAGAAAGCCUCGGUGAGCGGGCCCAACUCCCCCAGCGAGACCCGCCGGGAGCGGGCCUUCGACGCCAACGCCAUGACCUCCGCCGAGAAGGUCCUCUGUCAGUUCUGUGACCAGGAGCCUGCCCAGGAUGCCGUGAAGACCUGUGUCACUUGCGAGGUGUCCUACUGUGAUGAGUGCCUGAAAGCCACUCACCCAAACAAGAAGCCCUUCACAGGCCACCGUCUGAUUGAGCCAAUUCCGGACUCGCACAUCCGGGGGCUGAUGUGCCUGGAGCACGAGGAUGAGAAGGUGAAUAUGUACUGUGUGACCGAUGACCAGUUAAUCUGUGCCUUGUGUAAACUGGUUGGGCGGCACCGAGAUCAUCAGGUGGCAGCUUUGAGUGAGCGCUAUGACAAAUUGAAGCAAAACUUAGAGAGUAACCUCACCAACCUUAUUAAGAGGAACACGGAACUGGAGACCCUUUUGGCUAAACUCAUUCAAACCUGUCAACAUGUUGAGGUCAAUGCAUCACGUCAAGAAGCCAAAUUGAUGGAGGAGUGUGAUCUUCUUAUUGAGAUCAUUCAGCAAAGAAGACAAAUUAUUGGAACCAAGAUCAAAGAAGGGAAGGUGAUGAGGCUUCGCAAGCUGGCCCAGCAGAUUGCCAACUGCAAACAGUGCAUCGAGCGCUCGGCCUCCCUCAUCUCCCAAGCGGAGCACUCGCUGAAGGAGAAUGACCACGCGCGGUUCCUCCAGACGGCGAAGAAUAUCACUGAGAGAGUCUCCAUGGCAACUGCAUCUUCCCAGGUUCUAAUUCCUGAAAUCAACCUCAAUGACACAUUUGACACCUUUGCCUUAGAUUUUUCCCGAGAGAAGAAAUUGCUAGAAUGUCUGGAUUACCUAACAGCUCCCAACCCUCCCACAAUUAGAGAAGAGCUCUGCACGGCUUCCUAUGACACCAUCACUGUUCACUGGACGUCCGAUGAUGAAUUCAGUGUGGUCUCCUAUGAGCUCCAGUACACCAUAUUCACCGGGCAAGCCAACGUUGUCAGUCUGUGUAACUCAGCCGAUAGCUGGAUGAUCGUGCCCAACAUCAAGCAGAACCACUAUACUGUGCAUGGUCUGCAGAGCGGCACCAAGUACAUCUUCAUCGUCAAGGCCAUCAACCAGGCGGGCAGCCGCAGCAGCGAACCCGGGAAGUUGAAGACAAACAGCCAACCAUUUAAACUGGACCCCAAAUCUGCACAUCGCAAGCUGAAGGUGUCUCAUGAUAACCUGACAGUGGAACGUGAUGAGUCAUCAUCCAAGAAGAGUCACACCCCCGAGCGCUUCACCAGCCAAGGGAGCUACGGCGUCGCGGGGAACGUGUUCAUUGACAGUGGCCGGCACUACUGGGAAGUGGUCAUAAGUGGAAGCACAUGGUAUGCCAUUGGCCUUGCGUACAAGUCGGCCCCGAAGCACGAGUGGAUUGGGAAGAACUCGGCUUCCUGGGCGCUGUGCCGCUGCCACAAUAACUGGGUGGUGAGACACAACAGCAAGGAAAUCCCCAUCGAGCCCUCCCCUCACCUCCGGCGCGUGGGCAUCCUGCUGGACUAUGAUAAUGGCUCCGUCGCCUUCUACGACGCUUUGAACUCCGUCCACCUCUACACCUUCGACAUCACGUUCUCGCAGCCCGUGUGCCCCACCUUCACCGUGUGGAACAAGUGUCUGACCAUUAUAACUGGGCUUCCCAUCCCAGACCAUCUGGACUGCACGGAGCAGCUGCCGUGAGCACCUGGCCGUGUGGUGGUGCUUUCUGGGAAGAGAAAGGCUGUGGCCACUAUUCAGGGGGCAGAGAAAGCACAGGCUUCCAGAGUGUGGUGUUAAAUCUCGCCAAAAAGUAUCCAGAAAUCAGCUAAGAUAGGUUUCAAAACGGGCUAUUUCCAGCCACCCCCCUCACUGUGUUUUGUAUUAAGUACAGUCUUUAAUACUUUCUUCCAAUUUUCUUUUGUAUUUACAGGAAAAUUUAUAGAUUAUUUAUAAAAGAAACAUAACCGGGAUUACAACUCUUUUAGGAAUUAUUUGGUUUUGCACAUUAAGAGGCCCAUACAUUUAUCAGCUCUUUACCUCCUUUAUUUCAUCACAGUCUAUAACUGCGCAUAACAGAAAUGCAAUUACUUUAAAAAUAAAACAUAGUUUUGAACCUAGUAGGGAAGUAAAUGGGAUUUCUUUGGUUUAUCUUGAGGUGUUUUAACUGUGAUGGUGGAAGCUUUUAUUAGGUCAACUACAAUGGAGAGCAAAAGAGAAUGGGAAGAGUUGACCUUCGAUCUUGGAAUCUGCCAUGGCUAAAUCUUUAAUUGCCUUCUGAUGGCUGGUGGGCUAAUGAUGAAAAGAAAGAUUCUGAAACCUUUGGCCAUAGUUUGCCCUCCUCUUCCCAGGAUUAAGGAUUCUGGGAGAACAUUAAGAAUGAUACUGCAAUUGAAAAUAGUCACUUUGAAUCCUGAUGAUUCAGAAACUCAAGCUGAUUUGUGUUUUAUCAGAAGUAGGAUUCUCUUUCAUGAUAUAAAUCUAUUUCAUUCUUCCUUUUCAUAGUUUCUUUAGGCCUGUGAAAUUUCUUCACUACAUUUAAUAGCUGUCCUGUCCUUCCCACCCCCCAAAUCAUUUCUCUUUUGUCACUGGAGCUGAGGAAAUAAACAUUUCCUAUCACAAAUGGCAGCACCACUGUGCAUUGAUUUUUCUCUCCAGAACAUCGACACAUGGCCCCACUUGCCACUACCAUGUCCAAAUAUAAGUCAUCCCCCAAACACUAUUUGUGAGUUGAUAAUGACAAGGGACGUCGGAUAAAGGACUAUUUGCUAGUAUACGUGCCUCCAACGUUACUAUAAACUGACCGUUAUUAAACACAUCUUGAAAGUUGUAGAAGUCCCUCUGUAUAUUCUAGUAUAGUUCACCAUAGAGUUGUAAGACAUACACAAAAAGUCAAAUUUGCUAUUCCCACACUGGAACCUGCCAAUAGAAUCUGCUAAGAGCUACGCUGAUCUGACAGCUUGGAAUGGUCCAUGAAGUAAGGUCCAGUCCUUGGACCUGGAACUUGGCAAUGGUUCUUCCUUGGCCAAGGGCAUGACACCUCUAAAUCGUUUCAUUUGCUAACCUAUUGAUCCGGGCUACUGGGUCGGCCAUCUUGCCUGAACAGACUGGUGGGUUUAGGCAUUGUCUGUAGUGAUACUGUUUUUAACCAAAUCAAUUGUUCCCCUGCACUCCAUUCACAGACCCGCUGCUUCAGCAUCACAUCAUGUGAUUUCGAGUCUGGACUUCAUGGUGGCUUCCCAGUGCCUCUGUCCUCUUCACUGGCAGAUGCUCUCCUUUUUCUUAACAGAUAGAGUCUAUAUAUUUCCUAUAUUAUUUAUACCCAGAUGAAUAUUUUGAUAGCUACUUAGGACAAUUUCACAUCUAAAAGAUGGACACCUCAAGGGGAAAAAAAUCAUUCUCUGGAAACUUAAUAGGAUUUUUUUUUAUAAUAUAAAACAAUGUGUAUGUGCUUUCCCAGAGUAAACUGAAAGUGUUGUCUUAGUAAUUUUUACAUACUGUUUUUAGUAGUUGGAGAACAGAUAUUUUAAUGCACUUUGUACAUUAACAGGUUUUAAAUAAAAGGGUCUAAAACUCAUGGUCUCCAGGUACCAAUAAAUGCUACAGUUUGCCUUAUGAUGCCAAUGGAAAGAUUUACCAGAAGGACGAUGUUUCCAUGAACAUGAUGUUUUUCAAUAUUAAAGCAGUUCCUACUCAAAUUUUCACUGCAAGCUGUUUAGGUGAUGUUUUGACUAUUUUUAUAAGGACCAGGAAUUAUGUUAUAAUUUCGUUGUGGAAGUCUCGCUGUUUGCUAACUUAAAAACAUUGUGGAUAGUAGCAGUUACUAUGUCCAUGUUGUCAUAUUUACAAGAAAAUAUGUAUAUGGUGAAAGGCCACAUUGUUUACUUUCAUUGCUGUAAUGAUGUAGAAAAGAUUGCCGUGUGGAUUUUUUUUUUUGAAAGUCUGAAAAAUAUAUGCUAUAUACACUUGCCGCAGUACAAUUCUUUAAAUGGAUUGGGGUCACGGUGUUUGUUUUUGAGGGCCUUCCUUCAGAAGAAGCAUCGUCAUCCAGGGGAGAAAGAGAUGGCCGUGCCCAUUAAAUGCAAACAACAAAAUGGAUGGAGUGCCAGUCGAGGCUGCUAGGUCCAACAUCAUGCUUCUGUGAACAGUGCUGUCGCCAUCUUGAGAUUCUUACUACUUGUUGAACAAAAGCCUGCGUUUUCAUGUGACACUGAGCCUCACAAAUGACGACGCAGCCAGUCCUCAUUAAAAACAACAACACAACACUCAGAAACGUGGCUACAAAUGAAGAAACCUGGACCCCAUGUCAGAAUGGCUGGCCAUGUCAUGCAAGUAGGAAUCUCAAUGGCUUAAGAUGAGAAAGGGCCUGGAUGAAGAUGUUCUUUCCAGCUUUUAAAGAAAAUGACUCCAAAAACUGACUGCAAAUGUGAAUGAGGGUUUCUGCUGGAGAAGAGGAAAAGGGCAGAUGAGAAACAGGCAUUUGAUGAUGGUACUGGUGUGUUGACCCUGAACUCCCUGCGGAACUGAACUAGCGCCCUCCAGUGAACGGGAAAUUCCAUUUUGGCUCCAGGCACGUAUGCAUUGAUUGCAGAGACACACAUGUAUGCUCAUUUGCAUGAGCUUUUGGUGUUGGGAAGUUGAUCUAUCUGGUCUACCCUUCUAAAAAUGUGAAAAAGAAUACAAAGACAAUAAUGGGGGAGGGAUGUGGUUUUCAGAAGAGUGCUUCUCCCCAAGGAGGCGAUCUGUCAAUGUCUGGAGUCAUUUUUGGUUGUUCGAACUUGGGAGGGGUGCUACCGGCAUCUCAUGAGUAGAGACCAGGGAUGCUCUCAACAUCCUACAAUGCACAGUGCAGCCCCCACCAUGAAGAAUUGUCCGGCCGAAAAUAUGAGUAGUGCCACGCCUGAAAAACUCUUGUUCUUUGGGGAUUUUUAAAAGCAAAACUCACAAAUGUUUUCUACUUUUCCUGUCAUGGAUUCCAUGCCUGAGAUAUCAAAAAGAGAAGAAAAGGGCACCCCGAGAUCUUCCCUGCAAUGGUGCCUUCACUUUCAACAUGAUUUACAAAAUCCUCACAAAAUCUGCAAAGCAGUCCAAGCUCGUGUCAAUGGGAAUCCACUGCUGAGUAUAAUGAAGAUCUGGCGCUGAUGCGCUGAGUUCACAAAUGGAAAGUCAGUUCUCUAGCCUGCUCGUCACCCGGACAAAUUCAGGCCCUGGUACUAGUCACACUGCCAAGCCCUCACUCGGCCCAGACUAUUCUCAUCAUUGCUGUUGCUUUCUGGUUCCAAAUAAAGUCAUUUUGUGGUUCCAAG